UGAGUGCUUCUGGCUUUCCUGGUUUGUUUCCUUUUGGGUCUUUUUUUUUUAUUUCUUUCCAAAGCUAACCCAAGUUGGGUCUUUUUAUGAUCCUCUCGUUUUCAAAAUUGUGGCUUCUGGGUACACUGUGUUUGAUCAACAAUUUUAUAUCUUUUUCAUGAAAUUUGGGAAUGAUGAAAAAGAUGAAUAGCACUUUCUUGGAGUAGGAAGAAUUCUCACGAAAGCAAUUUAUAGUCACUAUGGAUUUCAAAGGUAUAACCUGGGUUGGGAAUAUGUACCAGAAGUUUGAAACUAUUUGCUUGGAAGUGGAAGAUAUUAUGUAUCAGGACACUGUUAAAUACUUUGAAAAUCAUGUUAAGUAUGUUGAAGAUCAGGUGGAAACAGUUGGUGAAAGUGUUAAAAAGUUCUGUUCAGAAAUUGUGCAAGAUUUGCUGCUUCCUGAUUCUUUGGAAGUGACAGAUUCUAACUUGUCCCUGGACCAACAUGAUAAUGUCAAGUUGUGUAAAAAGCCAAAGGUUGGUAUCAAGGAAGAGGCAAAAGUUGGCUUCAAGGAAGAGCCAAAAGUUAGUAUCAAGGAAGAAUUCAUAAAGUUUGAUAUUGAUCGAUUGACUGAGCAUUCUGAAAUUGCUGAUCUAAAUGAGGAUGUGGAGCACAAAUCAUCUUUCACUGGGCUGCAUGGUGUAAAUAACUUAUUCCAAUCAUAUUCUGGGAAUUCAGUUACAGGGGCAUGCUCUGACUUGCAUUUGGUGCAAAAUGAUGAUGGGGUCAUGUGCAAGAAUCUAGAUGCUGGUAUCAAACGAAAUCCUGUAAAGGUGAGUCAGUUUCCAAUUGAGGUGUCAGGGGUAAUCGCUCCUAUCUCAGGUGAUGUAAGCAGACUGCCAUCAUCCCUGAACGAAAAUUGUGAAAACAAGUGUAAUCAGAUGGCUAUAACUUCGUCCCCAGCUUCAGUUGAGAUUACAGAUUGCAACUUGGAAGGGGCAAUUUGUAAUGAGAUUGCUGAUGUGACUGCUAUUUCAGUUGAUCUUCCAUCAGUUCCUUUAGUUGAAUCCGUUGGGAAGGAAGGAAGGGAGAUGGUGUUUUCUUCCAGAGGUGGCUUAUCAUCAGAAUUAAAUGCUGGAAACAUCCCCAUGGACAAUGGGGUGGGUUCUCUGAUUGGGUCCUUCAGGGAUAUUCAACAAAAUGAAACUGCAGAAAAGAAGGACCUUUUGUCCCAUUCAGAAGGAUCAGAUGGCUGGAAUAUAGAUGCUAUUGAGAUCAAUGAUGUUAUUGAGCAAGGAAUUGAAACCACCAAAGACUUACUUGAUAAGAUGAAGCUUGAGGACGCAUGUGUUAUGGUGGAUGGUGACGAACUUCAUGUUGUUUCUCACAGGGAAGGCAAAGUCUGGCUUGUCAAGAAAAAGCUUCGUAAUGCUUUUUAUUCAAAGAGGAGAUUAGCCAGAAAGGAGUAUGAGCGGCUUGCUGUCUGGCAUAGAGUCAUUGAUUCAGAAUCCAACCAGCCUGGUGCUGAGGGUUUGACACCAAGUCCUAGUACAGACUCGGACAAAAGAACAUCUCCAGAUGAUGAUUUCUGCCAAUCUGAGUGGGAGCUUCUCUAAAUAACCCCACCAUCACAAGCUACUGUAAAUAACUAUCUUAGACAAAAUGCUACUGCACUUCUGCAGUUGAAGUUCUUGGAGAAGCUGGGAUGGGGCAUUAAUAAUACCAGGCAAAGUCCCCCCCCAUCCAAUAUAACAUUAGAGAAGCUGGGCCUGGUCAUUAAUAAUGGCAGCCUAAGUUAUCCUAUAUAACGUUAAGAGUACAGUGAUAAAAUGGUUAAGAAAGAAACCAAACCCACCAUCUCUAGCUAUGAAACUUGCAAAUAAUUAAAAAUUGCAUUGUCCUCUGUGUGGAGGGGUGUUCAGUUCUAUUUACUGCUUUGACACACACUACAUACAAGUGACAGUUCCAUCUUCUAUGUCAACUUCAUUUUAUCGAAUGCCUGGAUAUGAUUUAGUGCUUA